AGAAAAAAACAAGGCAUUAAAAUUUCCAUCAAUUCAACGUGCACACAGAAAAAACCGAAAGAAAAGAAACCGACCCCCAUGCUUAGUUUCCAAAGACGAAAGCAGAUUGGGAAUACAAUUCAAAGCAUUCGACGUUUUUGUUAAGACGUUCGAAAUUUCUCUGAUUUCAUUCUUCUGCUGCGGGAUCGUUCUCCAUGGCAAGCUUAUACAGAGGUGUUUCUAGGAAAGAAAAACCUAAAGGACGUCAUGGGUUAACCCCCCAAAAGAAGCAGGAGAUUAGGGAAGCUUUUGAGUUGUUUGAUACUGAUGGCUCUGGAACUAUUGAUGCGAAGGAACUUAACGUCGCAAUGAGGGCUCUUGGUUUUGAGAUGACUGAAGAGCAAAUUAGACAAAUGAUUGCAGAUGUGGACAAGGAUGGGAGUGGUGCCAUUGAUUACGAUGAAUUUGAAUACAUGAUGACAGCGAAAAUUGGAGAGAGAGACACUAAGGAGGAACUUAUGAAAGCAUUUCGCAUUAUUGACCAAGAUAACAAUGGGAAGAUAUCUGCCACUGACAUCAAGCGUAUAGCAAAGGACUUGGGUGAGGUCUUCACUGACAGAGACAUUCAAGAGAUGAUUGAUGAAGCAGACCGAGAUCAUGAUGGUGAAGUGAAUGUUGACGAGUUCAUUAGAAUGAUGAAGAGAACGACAUACGGAUUAUAGAGAGCAGAUUAUUAUCAGACCGUGUAUCAUCCACAUGAGGUAUGAUUAGGAUAAGUACAGAUGUAAGAAUAAGAGUCAUUUACAAAAUAUUGUGGUCAGGAUGAUGAAUGACUUAGUAUACCUUGUUUUGUAUUUAAAGUUUCUCUGAGUGUUAUUUGGAGUUCAUUUGAAUAUAUUUCGCCUCUUUUGAAUUUUGUGUAAUGCUUGUGAUUGACAUAUUUUGAAUUUUGUGUAAUGCUGUGAUUUCGAAUA